CAUCCUUUCCGAAAAGAUGUUCUCGAUCAUAUGUUUACUAUCCUUGGUGGUGGCAAUGGUUCAAUCAGUUCCCGUUCCUCAAAAUCAGCAACUCCAGGACAAGGAACGCAGGAUUCCUUCAAUUCAGUCUCUUUCCAGAGCCGGUUCUGACCGAUUUGAACAAGAUGUGGCUUACACUUCCAAACCUUACCAGUUCGGGUAUGAACUGGAGGAUGGUUUCGGUAUGAGCCAGUACCGCAGCGAAGCUUCCGAUGGUACCGGUGUUGUUAAAGGCAGCUAUGGAUACAUGGAUCCAACUGGUAUUUACAGAAAAGUGGAAUACACAGCCGAUAGCAAUGGAUACAGGGCCGUAAUCCGCAGUAAUGAGCCUGGAACAGCCAAUCAAAAUGUCGCCGAUGCUUUGUUUAUCGUCGAGCCGCCCCCACCUGAAGUGAUGCAACAAGAUAUCAUUCACAACGAUAUUUCCCCACGAAACGGGAAAGCGAAGUAAAUUUUUCUAGACAAUGACUCUUUUUGAUCUUCAGGAACUGUCCGAAAUCUCUUGUAAAUUUACUUUAUAUGAAAUUUACGUGUGACUCGCAGUUUGAAACAUUGGAUCGGUUAUAAACUUUACUUACAUUUCUAUCUGUGAAUCGAUCCAUUUCAAUGCAUUCAAGGAAAAAAAAUGAUGCGAUUUGAAACAUAUUUUGUGUAUGUGCUUAUUAAGUUAAAAUACCUUAUAAUGAUCAAAAGCUGUUUUGCAAAACAUAUAUAAACAUUCUCAGGGAUAUUUAAUUCUUUUAUUGAAAUCUUUAAAUUAUUAAUGUGAUUGAGAACUAAUUAAAUAAGUAUUAUUAAUCAAGAUGCAUGCAUUUUUAUGAAUUUAAAGAAGCUUGAAUUGAUCAAAUUGUUUUUGAAACAUGUUAAAUUGUUGAUGUUUGUAUGUCGUGAGAAGUUGCUCAGUGCUUUUUAG